ACGUGGUUGCCUAUGGCCGCUCGCAGAAGCUAGGCUGGGGAGACACGCGUGUCCUUUGCAGGGCGAGCCACAGGCAGGACCGGGACAGAUCGGCGUGGGAAACCGACAUCGCCGAGAGUUCAUUUACAGUUUUGGUGACUUGCCUCCACGUUGGUGACUUGCGUCCACAUUCCCCAACCAUGGCUGAAGGGGGUACAGAUGGGAACCAGCCACCGCGCGAGCAUCCCCGCAAUUUGCAGGGGCUGCUGCAGAUGGCAGUCAUGGCGGGCAACACCGAACCUGGUCAGACGGCACCUAUGUCUGAUGAGAGGAGACAGUGGUUGCAGGAAGCCAUGGUUGAGGCAUUUCGUGGGCAGAUGGAUGAAGUAGAGCAAAUGAAGGAAUGCCUGCGUAUUUUGGAAGAGUUAAGCCCAGGAGCAGAACGUGGGGAAAGUUCAGAGGAAACGCAUUCAGAUCUUGACCGAAGGGAAAAUGCCCUUGAUGUACUGGCAGAGUUGUGUGAAAACUUGGAUAAUGCUGCAGAUUUCUGCAAACUGGAGGGCAUGCGGUUGUUGGCCCACCGAUACUUGGAACAUGAAGAGCAGGAACUGCGAUGGCGAGCUGCCCAUCUGGUGGGCACCUGUGCCCAGAAUGUACCCAAGGUUCAAGAGCAGGCCCUGGCACUGGGCUGCAUGAGGAAGCUGCUGCGGCUGCUGGAUCAUGACCCCAACGAGGCUGUUCGGAUCAAGGCGCUCUUUGCCAUUUCUUGCUUAGUAAGAGCCCAAGAAGCUGGCCUACAGCAAUUCUUACGCCUUGAUGGCUUCUCUGUGCUCAUGAGGGCCAUGCAGAGUAAUGUACAGAAACUGAAGGUGAAAUCGGCCUUCCUCCUCCAGAAUCUUCUCAUAAGCCACCCAGAACACAAAGAGACUCUCUGUUCCAUGGGCAUGGUUCAGCAACUGGUGGCUCUAGUCCAAUCUGAACACAGUACCUUCCAUGAGCACGUCCUGGGAGCCCUGUGCAGUCUGGUAACAGAUUUCCCCCAAGGUGUGCAAGAGUGUCAAGAGCCAGAAUUAGCACUGGAGGAACUGCUAAAGGAACGCUGUCAGUUGCUUAGGAAUCAAGAAGAAUUCCAGGAGGAGCUGGAUUUCUGCGAGACCCUGCUGCGUCUUUGCUUCCACAGUCAUCCUGAUGAAAACAACAUGGACCGAUAGCUGUUUGACAUGGUUGAAGUUCAUGCUCAUAUUUGGAUCUGUGCUGGUUGGUGGCCUCUGAUGGAAACACCCACAUCUAUCCUACAUCCGCUGAACCAGCGGUAAGCUGGAGUAAGAGAAAAUCUUUUGGAAACUGAGCUAUGCUGCUGUUAAGCUGAGCAGGAAGACUUUCAUAAGCUGUUGCUGCAUAACUUCCUUUUCAUCAUCCUCCAAAAUGCAUUUGUCUACCCUUGUAGUUUACUGGUAACUUUGCCCAUCAGAGUGUAGCUUCCCUAAUCUAAAAACCAUAGUUUUUAAAGGAUUCUUUCAAUCUCCAACUUUAACUGGGAAAUGAACCCUACUUCCUAUUACGCUUUGCUUGUUUUCAUAGUUGCAGUGCUUAGAAAGGAGGGGCAAGGUUGAGUACUUUUUAAUGGCUUGGCCAGUAAAGGCUUGGAAGAAAAAUCAGUUGGCAGGUUUUUUUUUCUUUAGAAUAUUAUUCCCAAGCAUGUGCCUUCCAGAUGUUUGAACUUUCACCCCCAUCAUCCCUAAACUAUCAAAAACGGGGUUUAUGAUGCUUUAUCUCAGUUCAUGCAGGUAACCAUUGAAGUCCACAGGUAUGGAGAAUAAAGUUUGGGGGAAAACUCUUUUCUAGCUAUCACUGAAAGACAAGAAUAUUACUGCAGUUCUCUUGAGCACCAAAAUGCUUUAACACCUCUCAGAUGGCAUCUGUGGAGGGGGAGGAUGGGGAGUAAAAAUUUAAACAUCUCUGAAAUCAUCACACUACCCACUCCAGACUCACAAGAUUGCUACAUUUUUGUGCAGAACAUUAGGAAGUCUGGCUAGAGCCAUAUUUUAAUUGAUUUUACUUCAAAAUUCUGCUUAAAACAAUGGCUCACUCUUAGGGAUGAUGGGAAGUAGGAAAUCCCCAAAUGUCUUCUCCAAAUAUGUAAUCCAGCACUGUACAUUUGUUCAGCAAAAUGAGCUUUUUGUGCCUAUGUAAGAAUGCAGGAUCUGUAUGAUAAUAAUCUUUAAAAAGUGUUUCAAAUAUAGGAAAACUGGAAAAAGUAUGUCAGAUUGGGCAGCUUGAAAGGCAGACAGAAUGUUGCUUCAGUAGAGGUGAAGAACGGAUUACCAUACAUAGAGGUAGAAUGAAAUUCCAUUUUUUUUGCAAGUCUUAGAGCCCUGCCUUUUUUUCUCAACCCUCCCAAAUGGUUUUCCUGGUUAGAAAUGGUGAUUGUAGACCUUUGGAUUCCCCCCCACCCCACCCCACCCCAAUGGCUCAUCUCAUGUAUAGUAUUCAAGCAGCUGUAUCUUCUAUCACCAUGCAUUGCUAUUGCUGUAUUCUCAAUUUAAUUUUUUUUAACAAGUUUCUCUUUCGGGUGAUAAGUCUGGCAUGUUUUUUGUUUUUCCUAUCAACAGAAGCUUGUAAAACAUUGAACUCAUCUGUUUCACAUUUCAACAUAAAUAAACAUAGAAGAAAAUGCUAGAUCUGCAAGGGAAGGGGCUGCAAACUGGAAGCCCCUUAGUCCUAAUUGGCCUCCUUUAUAUCAGCUAAUGCCUACCUUAGCGCUAUCCUAGAGGCAAGACUGAUGGAUUAUACAGGUAGUCCUCAACUUACAAUCAUAAUUGAGCCCAAAAUUUCAAUUGCUAAGCAAGACAGUUGUUAAGUGAGUUGUGCCCCAUUUUAUGACCUUUUCUGCCACAGUUGUUAAGCGAAUCACUUCAGUUUUAAAUGAAUCAUGUGACUGUUAAGUGAAUCUGGCUUCCCCAUUGAUUUUGCUUGUCAGAAAGUUUGAAAAGGUGAUCACAUGACCCCGGGACACUGCAACCGUCAUAAAUGCAUGCCAGUUGCCAAGCACCCAAAUUUUGAUCACUUGACCAUAGGGAUGCUGCAAUGGUCGUAAGCAUGAAAACCAGUCAUAACUCACUUUUUCAGUGCCAUUGUAACUUUGAACAGUCACUAAAUGAUUGGUCAUAAAUUGAGGACUUCCUGUAUUGGGAAAGAAAGCAAUGAGAUUUGCUCCCACCCUCCUAUAUAUCAGGCAGGAACAGGGGAGGGAAUUGUCGUCUUAAAAGUCCUCACCCAUAACCUUGACACUAACCAGAUUUAGGAAUGUAUGAAACUGAAAAGCAGAGAUAGAACAGCCAAGAGACAUCAAGUAAACAAGCCUUUGGCAAGAUGGCCUGCUACUUAUUUUCCAAAAUGCUGGGGAUGCUCUUGUAGUAACACACAUCUUCUUUCUUAGAUGUUGUGGGUAGAGUUUUGGGUUCAAGGUCCUGAAUAAAAACCUUUCACCACA